AUGUUUGGCGGCUUUGGAAAAAACAAUGAUCGCAAUAACGAGCCUCAAACGUUAUCUCAAGCCAUGCAGCCUGACAAUCCUCCUCGCAAGGGCGGUGGCGGAGGAAGUUUGUCCAAUUUUGACCCAGAAGGUUUAGAACGUGCUGCCAAGGCCAUGCGAGAAUUGGACAAGAGCCGAAAUGCUACCAAAGCCUUUGAAGUUAUCAAGACUCAAGAAGCUACAAAACAGCAUGAAAGUGCUGCCAAACGCGCUGAAAUGGAAGCGUACUCUCAGCAGCAAAGGGCGCAGAAUAUUGAGCGUGAGGCCGAAGAAGCGCGCAAAACUUUGGAUGCUCAGACCCAACAUGAACGUCACCGUGCUGAGUAUCAAGAUGAGCUGGAAAGGAAGAGACAGGUGGAUAUGUUGAAUGCUCAAAAGUACAUGCAAGAGGAGCAAUUGAAAAAGCAAGAAGAAAUGGCAGCACGCCAAGAAGAAAUGCGUCGCAAAACAGCUCAGUAUGAAGCGGAACUCAAGACAAAGACAGAAAUUGCCAAAGCCAAGGCACAAUCCGAAGGAAAAAUUCGUCAGGAGCGUGAAAACCACGAUCUCAUUCUGCAAAAGCUUCGCAUGGAAGCCGCCGAGCAACGUGACACUGUCCUCAAGGCUGUGUCAGAUGGAGGAAAAAUGCUUGGAGAAGGAUUGGCAUCUUACUUGGAUGAUAAGGACAAACUGAGGAAUACGGCCCUCACCAUUACUGGGAUCGCCAUUGGGAUUUACUCUGCCAAAACUGGGAUUGGUAUUGGAGGGCGAUUUGUUGAAGCUCGUCUGGGCAAACCUUCUCUGGUGCGAGACACCUCCCGAAUGACAUUUUCUCAUUUGGCCCGUCACCCCAUUACAUCCAUGAAACGCAUUUUGGGAGUGGGUAAGAAUGAACAAGACGCCCUCAAGGGAAUUGUCUUGGAAAAGGGCCUUGAUACCCAACUUCGUCAAAUUGCCACCUCGACCGCCUAUACCAAAAAGAAUCGGGCUCCCUUUCGUCAUUUGCUGUUGCAUGGCCCUCCUGGGACGGGAAAGACCAUGUUUGCCCGUGGAUUGGCUCAGCACUCGGGGUUGGAUUAUGCAAUUUUGACAGGUGGUGAUAUUGCACCCCUUGGACGAGAUGCUGUGACUGAAUUGCACAAGCUGUUUGACUGGGCCAAAACCAGCCGUCGUGGACUGUUGCUGUUUGUGGACGAAGCGGAUGCAUUUUUGCAGUCCCGUGAAGUGAGCAAAAUCUCGGAGGAUCAACGCAAUGCCCUCAAUGCCUUUUUGUACCGCACAGGUACGGAAAGUGAUCAAUUCAUGAUGGUAUAUGCCAGCAACCAGCCCAGUCAGUUUGACCCUGCCGUUUUGGAUCGUGUUGAUGAAAUGGUGGAGUUUGACUUGCCUGGGCCAGAGGAACGCAAAAGCAUGGUUGUGAUGUACAUUGAUCAGUACUUGCUGAAACCUCCUGGUCGAUGGGCCAAGCCAGUGCAAACAGAAGACAUUGGGGAAGCUGAAAUCGAACAGGUUGUGAAAGAGACGGAAGGCUUCAGUGGCCGUGCCAUUUCCAAGCUGGCAAUUGCUUGGCAAGCUGCUGCUUAUGGAAACGAAGGCGCUGUAUUGGACAGGGAAACCUUCUUCAAGACGGUUGAACUGCACAAGAAGAGCAUGUCAACAAAGGAUUUGUGGUUGGAGGAGUCCAAGGCACGAGCCAAGAUGUUGACUGCUGAUGCCUAG